CGAUCUUUUUUUUUGAGUACAAAAAGGGGAUGUGUGUAUAUAUUAUCUAUGCAUUUUCCCGAUGUCAUUUGUAUCAGGCUUAACUAAUCAAAGAAACGUAUAGAAUUCAUUCAGCGAGCAUUCCCGUCGUGUUUUCUCUAGACAUUAACUAUGCGUGUGGGCCAAAUUGUCAUUCCUCGUUGCUUCGAUAAUGGUAGUUUAUGCUGUUUUAUCGCUGCUUCGAGGAUGUGCGUUGUUGAGGGAGACCAGACAAGUAACAACAUAGUAUGGACAGCUGACAAGCAUCUUGUGGUACCCAGGACUAUUUCAGAUAGAGCUUCUAAAUUGCAUAAAGUACAUCAAGAGCCUUUCAAACUGUCCCGUAUUGCUGCCUCGUAUGCAAUGUCGUCUCUUUCUGAUCGGAAAGGCUACUCAUCGCCCCAAGAACCCCCCUUUGUGUUUAUAGGAACACGUGAGGAGGCAUUGAGAGAUUUCAACAUGCAUCUUAGCAUGUCGCAUGAAGCAUUAAUUGGUGGUGCACUUGCGUGGCGUGCAGACACUACUGCAGCGCGUGAUGCAAAAUCACUCGAGAUGCCAGUAUUUGCCUUGGAUAUAGCUGAUGUACUCGACAUAGAUCGCGUCAGUUGCAGUUUUUCAGAGCGUCUGUGCCGUUUUUUGACACCGUCUGCGCCCCCGCAGGGGUCCUUUUCAGAAAGCCAUCCUAGAAACAACGAGGCACUGGCGCGUGAAUUGCACAUCCCCCUGGAUCUACUUUCUAGUACUUUGGAAAGUCAAAAUGUAUCGAUGAAAGGAUGGUGGUCAUCUUUCUCUGUCCCACAUCCAGUGCACGCGGUGAGUCAAUUCAUUCUGGCACAACGCUGGUCGUUGCGGGAGUGCUGUGUGAAGCUGCUUGGUAUUUCAAACCGUGCAUUCAACUACGCCUGUGUAGAAUGUGACAAGGGAAUAUCUGAGUCAGUGCAGAGCUCCAACGAGCUACGGCACGGUCUUCCCUCAGACUACUGGCACCCCAACACAGUCUACGUUGCGCACUUAGUGGGGGAAGAGCAAACAAUGUUUGAGUCCUGUGGACUAGUCCCUGAGCUGCAAGUGAUUUCUUUCUUUGAACGGCUAAAAACCGUGGAGGGAGAAGUGCGUCCGGUUGUGAUCACUAUAGCAUCAUGCAAACGUUUGAAUUGCCAACCUGAGAAAUGAAAUCCGUUUUUCAUUCAUUGUGAAUUAAAUAUGAGUUCACGUAGUU